CAGGGAAACCCAACAAUUCCAUCUCCUUCCUCUCCCACGGGCAGAUUGUGAUGCUGGCGGAGGAGCAGUGCGCUACCGACCUCUGCAACCAGGGGGCGCCAGACGCCCUGAGCACCUUCCCCUCCACCUCCAGCCUGGACUGCCUCUCCUGCUCCUCCUCCGACCACUCCUGCUCCAGCCCCUCCUUGAUGCGGAUCCGGUGCCAGGACCCCCGGGAGCAGUGCGUGGACAUCACGGCCAUCUCCAUGCCCGAAGAGUUUCCCCAGGACGAGCGGCGCAUCAAAGGCUGCGGGCAGAUCUCUCAGUGCCAGGAGCCCCUGGGCUUCCACAACCAGCACAGCUUCUACCUACUGCAAUGCUGCAACUCCAGCCUGUGCAAUAACGACGCCCACGAUUACGAGGAAUCCCCCCUGCCCCUGAACGGGGUCACCUGCUACGCCUGCGAAGGGAACUCCAGCCACGGCUGCGCCCCAGAAAACGUCACCUCGGUGCAGUGCCAGGGGCCCAUGACCCACUGCAUGGAGGCUGUGGGGAGCCACGAGCUGACGGGCCCGGGCACGGUGCUGAAGGGCUGCGCCACCCCGGCCUGGUGCGAUGCCCCCUACACCUCCAUCUACAGGCGCCUGGCCGGGGUCCAGGCCCGCUGCUGCCAUGGCAACUUCUGCAACAGCUGGAACCAGGCGGGCGCCCUCCCCCCGUCCAGGAGGAGCCGGGCCGGCCACCGGCUCGUGGCCCAGGCAGCCCUGCUCUGCGGCGCCGCCCUCCUGGCUGCGCUCGUCCUGCUGCCCAGCAGCUCCUAAUGCCCCGUCGGGCGG